CCCUGCGCGCAAGCCGCCAGCGCCGUCCAGAAGAGCGGUGGCUACCUCGACGCGGACGUUGCGUUGCAAUGCCUGCAAUCCGUGCCCGUUGAUGUGAAGGGCGACGCGUUGCAGUUGGACGGCAUCUUGGCCUUCGCCAACUUCCAAUCGACGUUGGCAUAUCUCAAGAACCCUCCACCGGGUUACAUGUAUCCCGCCGUUGAUAUCCUCGCCGAGCUACAGAACCUGAAAUCCAAGCUGAUCAGCAAUGGGUAUACGAAUGAGUUCGACGUUCAGCGCGACAUCUACAACCUCUUCAACAGCGCUCACGACGAACACUUCAUCUUCUACCCCGAUAUCGUCUCGAUCUUUGAGUGGGUUCGCGAUAUGCCAAUCUACUCCGUCUCCACCGACGGCGUGUCUGUACCUAAGAUCUACGCCUCGCCAGAUAUGGAGGUGCUGGCUGGACUCACCCAAGCAGACUAUACCCCUUCCGCCAUCACUCAAAUUAAUGGGCAGGACGUGGAAGUGUUCCUCAACACCCUGGCCAACGAGACCACUCAAAACGAGGAUCCGGAUGCUGCGUACAACAACAUGUUCCCCAACAUUCCGACUCUGUCGACUGGAGCGGGCGCGCCAUCGGUCUUUACGAACACAUAUGUCCCCUACUUUGGCACGAACACCACUUUGACCUUCGCGAACGGCUCGACCAGACCCGUGAUCACCUACGCUGACACUGGCUCAAUUGAUUUCUCUGGUGUCAAGGACGGUGCGAGUUUCUUUGAGAAGUUCUGUACUGGAAACCUCCCUCUGCUCGGUCAAUCGUCGUCCUCAUCCACCGCUGCAUCCCAGACCACGUUUUCCGGCCUUCCAAGAUAUCCCCAACCAUGGGUAGUUGCCGAGGACCUGAGCAUUCAAUGCUACUUCCCUGAAGAUCAAUCGGAUCUCGCCGUCCUUGCCGUCCCCAACUUUGGCCCGAAGAACGACGCGGACUUCUCCGAUGUCAUUCGCGAAUGUCUCGCAACCUCGAACAAAUUGGGCAAGACGAAGCUGGCCAUUGACCUUCGUGGCAACGGAGGCGGUGACGUGCUCUGCGCUUAUGACUUCUUCAAGCAGCUAUUUCCUUCUAUCACCCCUUGGGGCACUUCAAACUUCCGAGCCUGGACGCUAUUCCAGCAAGUCGGGAAAACGAUGACCAGCGCAUUCGCCAACACUACUCCCGCGAAUGCCGGCAAGGCAGGCUAUGACGAUGGCUUUGCGUCGCCCUUCAACGCCAGGACCGAAGACAACCCGGCGUUGCAGCAAUACAACAGCUGGGGCGAGUUCUACGGCCCGGUCAGCGCUCACGACGACACUUUUACGAACCUCGUGCGCUACAAUCUCAGCGAUCCCUAUACCACCCCGCAGGGCGUCGCCGGCUACGGCGCCCUGGCCGGCAUCGUGCCCAGACAGACCUUCGCCUCGGACAACAUCGUCAUCAUCCAAGACGGCCUGUGCGCCUCGACCUGCGCCAUCUUCACGGAGUUCAUGAAAGAGCAAGGCAACGUGGGCCAAGUGGUGUUCGGCGGGCGUGCACAAACGGGCCCCAUGCAGGGCGUGGGCGGCACAAAGGGGGCAAACGAAUACGGCUUCGACCUCCUGCUGCAAGACUUCCAACUCGCGUACAACCUCUCGUCCGCCAGCCAGCAGGUGGCAUGGGACCAGCAAUGGGGCCAAGCGAUCGCAGGCAUCGUGCAAGCCGUGACGCGCGCGACGCAGAGCUCCGAAGGCGCGAACGCGCACGUCAACUUCCGCAACAAUAUCCGCAAGGGCGACGAGACGCUGACGCCGCUGCAAUUCGUCUACGAAGCGGCCAACUGCCGCCUCUUCUACACCGCCGCGCAGAUUGAGAACCAGGCGCUCGUGUGGAAGGCGGCGUACAAUUCGUACUGGAAUGGCGCGCCGUGCGUC